AUGGAUGGACCAGCACCUCAGCCCGUGGGAAAGCCGGUGUGCUUUGAUGUUGACGAACUGCCGAAGUUGGAGGAUGAAGAGUUCGAAAGAGACACCUCUGCAUCUAAUUCUGAAGAGGCCAUUAUCGUUGCAAUGCUGCCAGAUGUUCUUUGGCUUAGCGACCACAUCGCUACGAUGCUGCCCACCCGCCCUGAGAUCAUCAGAGCUGCACCCGUUUGGGCAGUACUGCGAGGCUUUGCUCGGCCACUAAGGCAACAAGAGGGUGAUUUUUUCGAGCUGAGCCGAGUUACGACCCGUGUGCAGGCUUUCUGGUCUCAUAGCUGGCAUGGUUCUACCUGCAUGAAGAUCGCCACUGUGUUCCUGCUCAACAAUGCUACCGCCGCUGCUGUGGUCAGCACAGCAUCAGCAUUUUCUGCCUUCUUCCUCGUCGGCCUCGGGGUUUUACCGCAGCCUUCCACACAGCAUUGCGCUUGGUGCAUCAGCAGCGGUGUCCUGACGUAUGUACUGACAAUGUUGUUUUGGCAUCCGCCUCGGCUGGUGUUUGUUGACCGACUCUGCAUCUCGCAAUCAGACCCCGUGCUGAAAGCGGAGGGGCUCUUCAGUUUGGGGGCAAUCCUCAAGAAUUCCGACCGAAUGUUAGUGCUUUGGGACCGAUCCUGGACACAGCGCCUGUGGUGUGUAUUCGAGUUGGCUGCCUUUCUACACAGCCGUGCAGAGGGUGAGAAGCCACACGUUACGAUUCGCCCUACCUCACUGGGAUUCAUAAUGUGUGCGCUCUGGCUUGCAAUUGCACUCGGAGGUUUGUGCUUCACACUCGGAUUGCUGAUGGAAGUUUCGUUCGUGCCCUUCGCACUUCUGAUAGCGACUGGGGCUUGUGGCGCGAUUUUCUUCUACAUCGUCCAUCUUGUCCGUGAGUUCUGCCGCGACGUGAAUGUCAUGAGUGGCCAACUCGCAAACUUCCGCUUUGCGGAAGCUAACAGCGAUUGCUGCUCCCGGGACCAUAAGGAGCCUGGCAGCGGCAAGCCCAUGAUCUGUGACCGAGCUGUUAUGCAGCGCUGCAUUGGAAAGUGGUUCGGCAGCAUUGGCGCCUUUGAACAGCGAGUCCAUGGUGAAGUGCGAGACCUGCUAUUUGACCAGCUCUCCCAUCAUGUUUUCUCAUACGGUCGGUUGGUUGAAGCCUCACCCGUCCUUUUCUGGGUGUACCUGGAUCGUGCAGCAGUGGAGCUGUGGGUGGGAUGGCAGUUCGGACAUAGUCUUCACAGCUAUGGUGUCUUCAACAUCCUCUACGGCCUAACUUACUGGCUGGCCUUGUGUCCGAUCUUCUUCCGGAUCUUGUUUCACCUGGCGUGGAUGCUGCAGGCCGAACGCUCAUGCCGACUUGCAGAUCUGUUCAUAAACCUGGUACUCCUGCUUGCUGGCAUCCUCCCCUUCAGCGUCUUGAUCUUCUCUCAAUUCUUCAUCUUCCGUCCCUUCGGGCCGAUACUAUACAGCUUGAUCUCCUUCAUUGUGGCAGCGCUCACUUGGCACUGCCUGCCAACAGUGCCACGGCGGGAGGGUCCUGCAGGUCAGAGCACGGGCCUAAGGCCCAACACAAGGGCAAGCCCACCACAAGGCUCUGAGGUCACGAGGGCUCACACGACCUCACUUUAG